UUCCUAGCGCGUCGGUUUGCUUCAGUCCUCAGAACGCAACUCCCAACUCUGAAUCGUGUUCGUUCCCCGCUUACCGUUACAAAAUCUUUUUGAAAACAGUUUUCCAACGGCCGCAGAAAUACGCAAAACGCAAAGCGCAAAGCGCAAAAAGCGACUCAAAUCAAAUCAAAUAAAAGAAGAAACGAAUAAUUUUAAAUAGUGCAAACCACUUCGAGUAAACCCAAAUAAAGAGAAUUAUCUCAGAGUUACGAGUAUUUCAAAUAUUGCCGAUUUUGUUGUUGUUAAGUGUUUUUGAAAAACCCGAUUGUUUUUGCAUAUUUUUUUCGAGUGUUGGCAGGUGUUUGAAAUCGGCUUGUGAACCGGCACAGCAUAUUCAGCCAGAUAGUCUAUGAAUAAAGUCAUGCCAGUAGGAACUACGUCAGUCUUAUGAUGGCGAUUCUGGUAGUCAAGAAAAUCAGCGAACUCAUCGUCGAUUCCCGAAGCUGCAAGCUGAACGUUGAACGGUGUCCCACUCAGACAUUCACAUCGAGCAAUCCCUCGCAACUGAAUCAAACCAAGCUGGCGCAGCUGCAGAUAGGAAAAGCAGGAGGAUUCGGAGGAGGAAUCGGAGCUCGAGGAGGGCCGAGAGGCCAUUGGCUAUCGCUUUUGGUGCUGAUGCUGUGCAAUUGCGUUGAUUUUACCGUUUCAAACCAAAUCUCCUCAGUGGGCGCCUUCGAGCCGGACUUUGUCAUCCCGCUGGAGAACGUGACCAUCGCCCAGGGCCGGGACGCGACAUUCACGUGCGUGGUGAACAAUCUGGGUGGUCAUCGGGUGAGUGGUGACGGUGCGACAGUCCCCGCCAAGGUUGCCUGGAUUAAGGCCGAUGCCAAGGCAAUUCUGGCCAUACACGAGCACGUGAUAACCAACAAUGAUCGAUUAACGGUGCAGCACAACGACUACAACACAUGGACUCUCAACAUACGCAGCGUCAAAAUGGAAGAUUCCGGCAAAUACAUGUGUCAGGUCAACACAGAUCCCAUGAAGAUGCAGACAGCCACCCUGGAGGUGGUCAUACCACCGGACAUUAUCAACGAGGAAACCUCUGGCGACCUGAUGGUACCCGAGGGCGGUGCGGCCAAGCUCGUGUGCCGGGCCCGCGGGCAUCCAAAGCCGCGGAUCACCUGGCGCCGUGAGGACGGACGCGAGAUUAUAGCACGGCACGCCGGGCACCAGAAGACCAAGGCCCCGUCCGUCGAAGGCGAAAUGCUGACGCUCUCCAAAGUCACGCGAUCGGAAAUGGGCGCCUACAUGUGCAUCGCCUCGAACGGAGUGCCGCCAUCGGUGAGCAAACGGAUGAAGCUACAGGUGCACUUUCAUCCGCUGGUUCAAGUGCCAAAUCAAUUGGUCGGCGCCCCGGUCCUAACGGAUGUCACAUUAAUUUGCAAUGUCGAGGCAUCGCCAAAGGCCAUCAAUUACUGGCAGCGCGAGAAUGGCGAAAUGAUUAUUGCCGGCGAUCGUUAUGCCCUCACCGAGAAGGAGCACAACAUGUACUCCAUGGAGAUGGUGCUGCACAUUAAGCGGCUGCAGUCGAGCGAUUUCGGAGGCUACAAGUGCAUCUCCAAGAACAGCAUCGGGGACACCGAAGGCACCAUUCGACUAUACGAAAUGGAACGUCCCGGCAGGAAGCAGAUGCGCGAUGACGAUAUCAACGAAGUAACGCGGCACGAGGUGGAGAACCGGCACAAGGAGAACAGGCACGAGGAGGGCUCACGCAACCAGAACGGGCGUCUGUACAAGGACCGCACCCAGGAGCCGGAGCUGGGCAGCUCAGCAGACUCGACCCGCGUCCCAGCAGCCUCGCAGCGUACAAUACAGCUAAUCAAGACAUUUAUAUUAGCCCUAUUGGUAUUAUUAGCCACGACAGCGACAGGGACAGCAGAGGCGGUGGCACCAACAACCACAACGGCGGCGGCAACAAUGUUUUUUUACACAAAGGGCGCCAGACAAAAGGACACAAAGGAAACGAAUUUGAGACUUGAGCUGAAUGGGGCUGGGGACGCGGAGCACGAGUUCUGCGAGAGAUCAGCGACGACGACCAGAGCCGGAGCCGGGGCCGGGCCAAAUGGCAUCGGCUGGAGCGUGGAAGGAUUAAACCGAACACCGGCAACAAAGUAAGAUUAUUAUAGCUUAAUUCAAUUGUAAUUAUACAAAACGCGAUUAUGGGGGCCCAGGGAAGGAGCUAGUUCACCUCCGCUCCAACUCUCUUUCUCUCUCUCUCUCUCUCUCUGUUGUUGCCACCCUCUCUGUUCGCUCGUGGUUUCCACACGAGACUGGAAAGUCGGAGCAUAAAUCAUCGACCUAAUCAUCUUGCUAAUUACAAAGGGAGGGAGGGGGAGACAGACAGAGACAGAGGGAGAGAAAAAGAAAAGGAGCAGGCCAAAUUGAAUGAAUAUUAAAUCAAAAGCAAGUGGAAAAACUAAAGUUUCGUAGUUAAGUGGAAAAGAAAAUGCGUUUAAAUGUUACCUCGUUAGUGGAAAAUGAAAAAAAAGAAAGAGAACAAAAACGAAAAAUAGAAAAAGAGAAAAAGAGAAAAAUCAACUACAUA